AGGACAGUUGCAUGAGCAAGAGGUGCUUGUUCAUGACGUCAGGUGGAUGUGUACGUGGGAUUAUGCCUCUCUGGGAGUGACAGCUGUAUUGCCUUAAACUAGUGUCCGCUACUGACAAUGUCUGCUUCGAGAGCGUCCUGCCUUCCCAGGGUGGCGCUGCACUGGCUCGUCUGCGGGGUGGUCACCCUGACGUCAGUAGCAGGAGGCGGCAGGGUGUGCGAAGGCACAGGGGAACCCUUCAAGUACUUAUGGGGUGAUGCGCUGAAGGACCCCCCUGACUGCAUCGGACCCAACGGACACCCUUAUCCUGCGGCGGCUGUAGCCAAGACGUUUCGGAGUAACUCUGCAUGGGGUUCGUCUCGAACUGGGAGAUCCUUCAGCCCCGUGGACCCGGUCCUAACACAGAGGACCUUGCUGCACGGCUAUCAGGUGGCCCAGGAGUACGCAUCCGGGCUUCUGCCCGCCAACAGCAGGACAGGUCGCAGCAGCUUCAACAAGUUCAGCCCACGAGAGAGCUGCGGUGGUACUCCUGCAAGGCUGUGUAAAACUCGCUACAACACAACAGCUCCUAUGUAUGGGGUGUCACUGACAUCGGGGCAGCCCGUCACAAUUGUGCAGAAGUUUCCGGACCUGCUGCAGCAAGUCGUCUUUGAAGUCUGCGAGUCAACUGAAUGUGAUGUCGUCAGAGGUGAAUGCACACAAACGUACGUGCCAUAUUUGUUCCUGGUGAUUCCAUUAGGACCUGUCACUCUCACAGGACAAGAUUACGUGCUGGUUGAAAGUGGCUGUGUUUGCAAACCAAAAUACGCAGCCGUUGGAGGAUCGGAACCAAGUGCAAUUUCUGCGAUACCACAAAUAUAGCCGAGGCCUGUGACGAGUUUACAUAAACUAUUCAAAUGAAUGAUUCGUUUUGAAGAGUCACUAGAAGGAUCCUGGUGUUAUCAAGCUUCCAGAUUUGGAAAUGUUACACUACAUACUGACUUCAAUCUCGGAUGGGUUAACAGUUGUCUUUUCUGAGAUUCAUGGCGGUCCUCGGCUUCUCCUGGCAAACUGUGGGGUUAAAGCUUCCAAGAGGCCAUAGCUGUUUCCUUCCAAAUCGUCUUAAUCUGAUGCCAUAUGUCCUCAGCAGUUGGUACAGAACUGUUAAAUAAUCUAAGAAUGUUUUGGCAAGGUGAAUGAAGCCAUAUGAUGUGGAAACAUCCAGAAUGCAUGUCACAUCUCCCAUUCAAUGAUUGCAUAACAGUGUGAAUAACACGAUGCAAUACUGUGAUCACGUCUAAUUUCUUCACACUCACAAAGUUCUGAUAUCAUCGGUGCUGAGGGCUGAGGUUGCUAUGAGACCGUCAACACUGGAAGCUGCCACACUACAUCACCAGGUCUAAUUAAAAGAUGUUAAUAUCUUACUUAUGUCUGCCAGUACCAAUUUUCCUGCAUAAACAGUUCCAUGUACUUAUUUUUAAACAAUUACAUUAUCCACUGUAUCUCUGUAUCUACAAGCCUACCAACCUUGUCUCUGCCUUGUAUUUAUUUGGUUUGCCACCUUCAGGAACACCACAAAAUAAAAAAUAAAGAUACAUUAAGCUCACUACAGCGAGAGCAAUUAAGCAACAUGACACGGGCUUCUCACAGUCGCCAGUGAACUCUGGGUGCAGAGAUGCCUGCAAAUUAA